AUGGCGAAAGAGUACAAGGUUCCAUUCGAGCUGAGCAAUCCGGAGCUACUAAAGUUUGACUCCUUUGUUAAUAACGAGUGGGUUCAAUCAAAGAACGGCGCAAGAUUCGAGGUUAUCGAUCCUGCAACCGAUACUGCGUGGGCUAGCUGUCCUAUAUUUACAGCUCAAGAUGUUCCUCAAGUUGUCGAAACAGCGCAUGUAGCAUUUGAAAAGUUUGCAAAGACCUCUCCUCGACAGCGCGCGGAUUGGAUUACAAAAUGGGACAGCCUUAUAAAAGAGAACAAAAUUGAUAUUGCCAAGAUCUUGACACAUGAGGCCGGCAAGCCAAUCAGAGAAGCCGAAAUGGAAGUCGAUUUCUCUGCAGCAUCUUUGUUAUGGUACGCAGGCGAGGCAGAACGUAUUGAAGGCACUGUUGCGACUUCUUCAUUCCCCCCCGGGCGAAGAUCAUUUACUAUCAAACAACCCAUUGGCGUUGCGGUUGGUUUAUUACCAUGGAACUUCCCAAUCUCCAUGCUAUUGCGAAAAAUCGGCCCAGCGCUCGCCGCUGGAUGCUCGAUGAUCGUGAAGCCCAGCCCAGAAACACCUCUUAGCACAUUGGCUCUGGCUUAUUUGGCCGAAAAGGCUGGUUUUCCACCUGGUGUUAUUACUGUACUAACAACAGAUCUUGAUAACACUCCAAGUCUUAGCGAGGCUCUUUGCAAGCAUCCGCUUGUGAGGAAGGUCACCUUCACUGGAUCAACGCGUGUGGGUAAGAUUAUUGCUGCGCACUGCGCGGAAGGCAUCAAAAAAGUCACGCUCGAGCUUGGUGGAAACUCUCCAUACAUUGUAUUUGACGACGCCAACCUCGUACAGGCUGCAAUGUCAUUGACGAUGCUCAAAUGGAUGAAUGCCGGUCAAGCCUGCAUUUCCCCAAACCGUGUUUACGUACAGUCUGGCGUGUAUGAAAAAUUUGCAGAAGUGGUAAAAGAGCACGCUAGCAAGAUUGUCGUCGGACCUGGCUCUGCUCCUGAUACUACCAUGGGUCCUUUAACCAGCCCUCGUGGCCUGGAUAAAGUCCUGAAUCAGAUCAAUGAUGCGACAAAGCUUGGUGCCAAAAUACUCCUAGGCGGUCAUCGUGUGCCAAACACCCCAGGAUACUUUGUAGAACCAACAGUUAUUAAGGAUAUGACGCCUGAAAUGCUGAUCUCACGCGAAGAGAGCUUUGCGCCUGUACUGGCACUGUACAAAUUCGAGACAGAAGAAGAGGUUACAAAGCUAGCCAACGACACCAGCAUGGGACUAGCCAGUUAUGUAUUUACCAAGAACGUCGAUCGUAUUUGGCGUAUGUUCGAGAACCUGGAGGCCGGUAUGGUGGGACUCAAUUCUGGUCAGCCUUCUACACUGGAGACGCCCUUCGGAGGCACCAAGGAGUCCGGCUAUGGAAAGGAGCAAGGCAAACAUGGUAUUGAGGAAUACUUAAUCACCAAGACUGGUGUGCUAGCGAUUGAGGGACAUAUGUGA